UGCAGAGAACAGCUUUGCAGACAAUCACAGAGGCACCUCUCUUGUUUUCUUUCGCUCCUUAUUCUUGUUUAUAACUUAGCGCCUUUUUAAAUGUCGAACCCUUUAUUCAUUCACUAGUUUUUUGCAAUCUAAAACACAAUUCUUAUGUUAAUAAUGCCACUUCUUUUUAAAAGAAACUGUUUUUAUCUCAUUUUUGCGGUUGAAUACCGUCGCCUUUUUGCCAUCCACGGUGAAUGUAACCCAGGUCUGACCCACUUUUAGCGUCUUUUUCCCCUCACAAGCAUCUCGGUGGUUUGAGCGGAGAUGUUUUCGCCAGGAGAGGAGGUCGAUCCCGAUUUGUUUACCUCACUGAAGGAGUCAUUCGGAGAUGCGAUCUCCCCAACACUGGAGCUCGGGUUGACCACCGUCUACACAGUCCUCUACUCUUUCCUCUUUAUUUUCGUCUACCUGCAGCUCUGGCUCAUCCUGCUUUACGGCCACAAGCGCUUCAGCUACCAGACCGUGUUUUUGUUCCUGUGCCUGCUGUGGGCAGCGCUGCGGACGACCCUCUUCUCUUUCUACUUUAAAAAUGUGGUGCAGGCCAACCAGCUGCAGCCUCUGGCCUACUGGCUGCUCUACUGCUGCCCCGUCUGCCUGCAGUUCUUUACACUCUGCCUGCUCAACCUCUACUUCACACAGGUGAUGUUUAAAGCUAAAGCCAAGUAUUCACCUGAGCUCACCAAAUACAAGGUUCCUCUGCGUUUGUUUUUUCUGUGUCUCAGUAUAUUUUUCCUAGUGGUGAAUUUAACUUGCGCGUUGUUAGUUCAAGGAGCUCUGAUUCACUCUGAACCACCAAGUGAUGGGGGGAUCAGGCAUGCAGUCUUAGCUAGGGUCCUGAUCAACGACAGUCUUUUUGUCCUGUGUGCCAUAUCUCUUGCUGUGUGUAUCUUCAAGAUUGCUAAGAUGUCUUCUGCCAACGUUUACCUCGAGUCUAAGGGAACAUCGGUGUGCCAAGCGACCGCCGUAGGAGCCAUUGUGAUUCUCCUCUACACUUCCAGAGCCUGUUACAACCUGGUGGUGGUGGCCCUGUCGCCACAGGACAGGCCCAGCCCCUUUAGUUAUGGCUGGUACAGCGUCUCUGAUCAGGCUGACAUACAGAAGAUCAGCGGUGAGGCCUACAUUGUUUUUGGGAUAAUUUUGUUCUUCUGGGAGUUGUUGCCCACUAGCUUAGUGGUGGUUUUCUUUAGAGUCCAAAGACCCCACCAAAACCUGGCCCCAGGCGGCAUGAUCAACAGCCACAGUUUCAGCUCUAGAGCUUAUUUCUUUGACAACCCCCGACGGUACGAUAGUGACGACGACUUGUCCAGGAGCAUCAAUAGUAGAUCUGAUCGGGCCAGUCUCCUAUCCAGCACGCCUCAGAUGGCAACGUCCAGCUGGUAUGGGUCCAUCCAACGCAAUGGGAGUCUAGCGUCGGGGGUGGCCGCCGCACAGCAGGGACCACCUUCCACAGCCCCGCUCCUAUUUGCCCAAGGAAACAUUCCGAGUCAUCACCAUCACCAUCACAACUACUACUCGACCCCUCAAAACAACAACUACCAGCAUCAUCAACACAGUAACUAUUAUUCCACGCCGCAAAAUUAUUACUGCGGAUCGCAGACGUAUUUCUGCAACCCACAAACUUAAAUAGGAACCAUUGUAGACUUUGGAUGCGACGGAUAACAAACUAUUUAAUCUUUUUGUCCCAUUUUGCUUAUCCAGCUGCAUCAAACUAGUACUUUUUAGUAAAAGUACUACCCACACAACUGCUUCAACAACUGUGUGAAAAUGUGGCAAAAUAAUAACCAAGAAAGUCGGAGCAACAAGACUACCGGCGUUUUUGAGGACAUCAGCACAGAUGAGUAGCAUUUAACAACCACAAAUGGAUGGAAAGUAUGAAAACUGAAAACAUUUCUUUGAAAUACUUCGGUGUGGCUAAAAUAAAGACUGGAAUUAUCAGUGACCAGAAAAUCAUUCCACUUUUAAAUUUCAGUGGUCUGCAGCAGCUUGUUUAUUAGGCUAAUUUGCUAAUCCUAAAGCUGUCUGUCAACAAUUCAGGCCACAGCAACACUUGUCUUGUUUGAGCUCUUAGACUCUCCAUAUAGGAGCAAAAUGUAAAAUCAAAUCAAAUCAAAAAAUCUAUAACACUGUAUCGUUGAAGCCAAUCUAUUACUUUUAUUAAACUGGGUCUGAGUUGCUAAACAAAGAGAAAAUUAAAAAAAUGCUGUUAGGAAUUAGCUAGUACUGAUUUGCUGAUAGAUGCUAAAGCAGAAAGAGUUGGCCACAAGAAAAAGAAAUGUAAUGAAAACCAAAAAAUUGGUGUCACUGAACUCAGUCUAUUACUUUUAUCCCACUGGGAUUAUUUUAUGGUGCAACACAAGCGCUAAAUUGCCUAUUGUAAAAGGAAAAAAAAAAGUUUAAAACUUAAAAUGAAAACAAAUAAAAUAUGUAGAAUUUUGUUGUUGUAUUCAAUUUAUUGUUGUUUUCAACUUGACCAGAAUUACCUUCCAACAUAAGAGAGAGAAAAAUGGGAAGAAAUGUCAUAAGGAAUUAGCCAUUGCUAGCUUGACAAUGGCUGCUGAAGCCACAAAUAUUAACACUGCUAGCAGUUAGCAAAAUGAAAAAAUCUUAGAUUUCAAAUGAGAACUAUUGGUAAUACUGUGCUAUUGAAGCCAAUUUAUAAAUUUUAUCAAACUGGAACUGAAUUUUGUUGCAACACAAAUUGAAAAGUGUAAAAAAAUAAAAAUACUGUUGGGAAGUGCAUCAGAGUCGGCUAAUUGUUCCAUGUGACAUAUAUAAGCUUACAGCUCUCAUACCUGUUAUCAGUGUGUACUUCUUAUAGCCCAUACACAUCUGUAAGAUUUAUAUCUAUCUAGCUAGCUGUCAGGUGUGAUUUGGUGUUUGCUCUGAUAGCCUGGUUUCCUCUGUUGACUGACUAAAACUAAUUUUCAGUUUUCUUAAUCGAUAACAACCAGGAUUCAGCAUCCAGCCACAAACUAUAAGAUUGGAGGGAUCUUUAAAGCUUAUUUGUGACCAAAAUAACCUUUUAAUAUGAUCAGAUUUUUUGUGAGCUGUGAGGCAGAAAUUUGCACUUAGUGGAAGAUGACCUUCAGAGAAAAAGGCUUUUGAGCCUGGAAUGUAGGUUUUUCUUCUCAUAUCUUUAUAUUUUCUUCUGUACUUGUAUGUACUCUGUCUUAUUUAACCUACGAGGAAAGAAAUGUCAAUGUGCCAUCACAUUUUGUCAUAUCAAAUAGUUGCAUUCCUCAAAGAAAAUAUUUUUGCACAAGAAGUAGUCAAAGGAUGUAUGCUUUUAAUUGUCUGUUGCCAUGCCAAUCAGUUUUAUAAGCGUGUUGUAAUAUUUUUAUUGUAGGUGGUGUGUGUGUGUUUUCAAUAUUUGUCUUCAAGAUUUAGUCAGCUUUUAUACAUCAUUUUUAUUUUCAUCAGAUUUUUUUCUAACAGAUUUUGUAGUUUCCUGUGUUUCCCGCAUCCUUCUUUUGUUUUUGUUUUCACAUCACAUGUUUUAUUAAUCUUAUGACAGCCUGUACUUUUUUGUGGUGUUGUUUACAACCCACUUCUUGAACCAAAAUCACUGCAUCUGUGGUUAAUUACUGAGAAAUACUCACUGAUGUCAUGCAAACCUAAAGCCUGGACUGAGAACGUGUCUGUUUCUUAUGCUGCUGUUUGUGCUUUGAGAUUCCAUUGCUUUUGUCAGCGAGUUAUAUCGGACUCUUUAAAAUCCAGUAAAGGAGCUGAAGUUCUCGUUGUUGGGUCCAGCUUUUCAACCGCAGUGCAAAAUGCAUGUUUCUGCAUCUGUUUGCAAAAUCUCUCACCAUGUCUCUAUCAAAUCUGGUAUUAUUUGUGUGAAAGUGUUUUUUAAUCUGUCUGCUAUACAGAAAAUGCAUUGAUAAUUUCCCUAUCAAUUGUUUUAUGGUGUUGAUGGUUAUAUCCGUGGCCAUACUGAAUGUAACCUGUGCAACAGAUCACUAAUGAUGUAUGCAAGAAAAGCACUACCAGGUUUUAAACCAUGUUUUAAUAAAGGCCUACUGCACUGUUUAGACAAGGGUAGUAUAUAUAAAAUGUCUAACAUAACUGCA